GUACCAGCCCUUGCUUGUAGGUCAAGCAAUUGUCCAGAUAUUGUAUUAAGUUAAAUGAAACGUGAAAUUAAUUUGAUAAUUAUCCAACUAAACCGGUUGUUUAGCAAUAAAACCCGGUUCAAUCGACCCGCAUUUCCCUAUAUAAACCCAACUCCAGUGAUCGUCUCUUUCAUCAACUUCUCAUUUCUCACUUUCGCAUUGAACUUUAUUAACAGUACUGAGAUCAAGAUGGCGACGCUAAACAUGGCGGAAACCCUAGAAACCCUAAUCGCUAGCUCCCAAGAAGCUGAUUACUCCUACGAUCCCGAAGAAGAUGACAUUGAUCUCUCCCUCCUUCGUCUGAACAGCUUCGGAAACUCCUCUGAUCGCCGCCGUGCGAAUUCCUCUCCUCCGCAAUUCAAAUCGUACGGAUCUUUCGGCUCCUCUUCAACCACCGCAACAACCAGCCCCGUGAAACGUCCAUCGCCGGAAUCGAAGGAAGGUGACGAGCCGAGACGCAAGAAACUGUUUAUUCCACGACCUGAGGAAGAAGAAGACACAAGUCUCAUGGGAUAUUCAAAGAUUCCACUUCCUUUGGUUGAUUUCAAUCCGACGCAAAUCCGUUCUCCUCUUUACAAGCGAUCUUUAUCGGAUACAUUUGCUUCGCCCGUUGGAUCUACAUUCGGGUCGGGUUAUACCAGAAACAGCGUCGGUCAAGAAACAUCACCGCCUUCGGGUAAUGUCCCUUCUCUCCCACCACGUCCACCAAUGUUCCGGAGGUCCGUCUCCGAUCUUUCGCCGGCACCUUCCUCCAAGUCUCUUCUUGGAUCUUCUCGCUCCAAUGCAACUCCUGAAGGUGAUCUUGUGACUCCAGAAAGCUCUGAUGCCAAUAAGAUGCUGUAUAUUAUCAAGGAUGGAGUUCGUGAAUUGGAUCAAUGGUGUAACAAGCUUCUUAAGUACGGUGAAGCAGUCUCCUCUGGCUCUGUGAAACAAGACGACAGUCCUAAGGCAGAAGAUGAGGUAGUACAAGAGGAGCAACCGAAAGAGUGCAAAGAAGGGGUGAAGGUGAACAGACUCGGUGAGGCCUUUGUGGUUGAGAUCAACUGUCCAUGUGGAAGAAACUACCAAACUCUCUUCUCAGGCCGUGACUGCUACUACAAGCUCUUGUAGAAUGGUGACUGCUACUUUUUGCAGUUGUUGGACAUUCACACUCUUUGACCAUCAUCACCAUUAGUUGAAGGAUCUAUCAUGCUGCAUAUUCAUCACAAAGAUUUUCUGUAGAUAAGACAUACACACACUGUUUCAUGCUUGUAUAGAUACUAGCGAGCUAUACACAUUGUUCCAUUGUCAUAUACUCUUGUGGAUUCGCUUACUUGGAAUACUCUUAAACAUGUUUCAUUCGUUAAAAUGGAAGUUUGAUUUCUUGUGUG